AUGAGGAGAGUGAUCAUGAAACUUGAGGGUAGAGGCUUUGGUGGUCGGCCAUUGGUCACAGCUCGACCUCCUACACCGGACGGCCGGACUAGGGAGGAGAGACGCACGGACAGGGAGAUGUGGCGCCAAGGAUUUAGGGGAGACAAAGAUGAGCUCUCUGACUGGUCUUCGGAGGACGAGGAUGAUGAUGAGGAAGACGGUGGCGAUGAGGAAGGCGGAGAGAAGGAAGGUGGAGAGAAGGAUGGCGGUGAGCAGGACGGCGGAGAGAAGGACGGCGGAGAGAAGGAUGGUGGUGAGCAGGACGGUGGAGAGAAGGACGGCGGUGAGCAGGACGAUGACAAAGCACCGAAGAAGUAG